AUGCCGAUCGAUCUCAGUGACGCGUCAAAGGCAGCACUCGAACACAUCGUCCAAUCCCUCGAGCUCACCACCAACAUGCGCGUCCUCAUCGUCGGUGCCGGCGGCCGUCUCGGCCUGCGCGUCGUUGACCACCUCCUCACCGCCUCCAACGAGGUGAUUGCCUUCGUCCGCUCCCCGUCCCGCUUCCUCUCCCUUCUCCCCGAACCUCUGCGUACCUCCCCAUCCCUCCAAGUGAUAGAAGGCGAUGCCCUCUCUCCCUCUUCCCUCCUCUCCGCCAUCCGCGACUCUAACCCAGACGCAGUCAUCAGCUCCGCGGGCGUCCCCGCCUUCUUCCCAUGGCAACACUCCACUUUCCCCGGGAUCGGGAAAGCCGUAGCAGAAGCGUGUAAGGAGGCGCUAGGAGGGGGGAAGAGGGUGUGGUUCGUCGCAGGCAUGUUUGUUUGUGACAGACCGGGUGGAGGACUGUUGAUGGAUUCGACACAUAUAUACACCGAGACGCGCAUCGUUCUCACCCACUUGCAGACAAAGUGCACCGACCUAAACUGGGCCAUAGUCUGUCCUUCACUGAUGUAUCACGGCUCCCCCAAACCGGUCGAAGCAGCCGUCAACAUCCCUCCCCAUUGGCCUAUCCCCGGCUGGGCGUGCCGUCUCCCCCUAAUUGGAUUCGUCCUCGUUAGUUUUGCGACGGCACUGGGGUAUGCUCUCAGUUAUGAUAGUGUUGCGGCGUGGUUGGUUCAAGAUUUGGAAGAGGAGAGAUGGAGGGGGAAGAGGGUGGCUUUGAAGGGUUUGUAG